AAGUGAGUUCAAAUGCUGCCUCCAUUAUUAGAAAUGAAAAAAGAGAGGAGCGUACUAACAUUUGUUCCUCUCUCUCCCCCUCCUGUAAAGAGAGAGAAAGAGUUGAAGAAGCAUUGACUUAGACAGGAAUACUGGGGUUUCACACAGAGUGGCUUAUAGAGUCUUCAGUGAGAAUUUCUGGUAAACAAGUCAAGUUUUUCGAGGUCUUGUUUGUUAAGUAUGAUUUAUUUGUGGUACAAAAAAUUAUUCAACCUUAUCUUUUUAGUCAGCUGAUGGAAACAUUUUGCAUACUGAUAUUUCAUUGAAAUAAAGCAACUUGGGUCUUUCUUUAAUAAAUUAAUAUAAUCCAAUAAUGUUUUGGUAAGAAUAAUUUUCCAAUUAAAUAAGAAAAAUUAUACAUUCACAUUGGAUCUACUCAGAAUUGUAUUUGCAGUGAAUCAAAUAUGGAAUUUUUGUUUCUCGAUUGCUAAUCCUAAUCAGUAAUCAUUCCUUUAGAAGUGCAGAGGCUUUUGAAUCAUGAAGAGGGCAUAGAAAGGGUUGAACUCAGUUACGGACGUCAGGCUUUUGUUCUUUUUUUGAACUCAUAUUAUUAUUUGGUAGUUAAAUGUGAACAAGUAGUGUUAGUCAACUAUAUUAGUUGUAUUUGAACAACAAAACAACAAAAAACCAGGAAUCUUCGAGUUAGGUGCUAUUAGCAGUAUUUAAGAUCUCAAAGCUCAGAUUUAUUUCUCAACAAUGGCGGAUGAGAAGAAGAGCUUUGUGAGAAUUAGUGCUCUGCUAUGGGCAGACGUGCUGGUGGCUUACGCCCUCUUCGUCAUGCAAAACUAUCUCACUGAUGUCUGGGGGCUCAGCUUGAUCCACGCUGCUCUCAUCUUGAACAUUUGGAACGGAGUUUAUCGGAUACUACCACUCUUCUUCCUCUACUUGGUCGACAAAUACCUCGGCUAUUUGAAGCUUCUUGUCUUCACUAGCUUAGCCUAUGCUGCAGGGAUCACCAUGGUGGCUGUGUCAACUCCUCCCCUCGCAAACGCAACUGGCACGUGCAAACGAUACGAGCCAGAAUGCGUGGGCCGCGCUCAGAAGGACAUCCUCAUCGCUGGCUUGGCCUUGGUAGCUGUUGGAGUGGCCGGUAAUCUUGUCUCGCUAUUACCUUACCUGAAGAAGAAAAGCGACGGAACUAGUGCUAACGUAUAUCAGAUAAUUGGCCUAAUUGGGGUGGUGGUUGUGCCUAUAGUCGGAGCCAUUGCUCUUCCAUACAUCAGACCACCAACUCUCAAGUUUGGGAUCCCAGCCAUCUGCACUGUCGUCGGCACCUUCCUUUUCCUCACCGGUUUCUCCAAAUACACCGAUGAUGAUCCCUCGCGUAACAGCCCUCUCUUCAAUGUUUUCAGAGUGUUCGUCGCAGCCUCACUCAAGAUCUUCCGUUCCCACCCAGUCAGCAACAAGGAUUAUCACGGCUACGAGAUAGGGAAGAAAAAAUUCACAACCACAAGGUGCCUCGGGGGUUUGCAUAAGGCCGCCAUAAUAUUGCCCGGUGAAGUUCCCCCCACUGGGAAGAGCUGGACACUCUGCACCGUGGAGCAAGUGGAAGAGGCCAAGAUUGCAGUGCGGAUGGUCCCAAUGUGGAUGACUUUCAUAGUUUGUGGCGUUGUGGCCGCCAUUGGAGACACUUACUUUGUCGAACAAGCAGGCAAGCUCAACCGCAACAUAGGGAGAAUAAAGCUGCCUAUUCAAGUACUUCUACUAGUAAGAAGGUCAACAAAAGAUUGGCUAGGCGGCAAGGUGACAGAAUUCCUGAAGAAAUUUAAAACAGACUGGGCGCCCUCGUGUGGGAUAGCAGCGGGGAUGCUAUGUUCGAUCCUGUGUUGUAUAAGUGCAGCUUUGGUGGAGAGAAAGAGGCUUGAUGUUGUGAGAAGCGAUGGUUUGCUGGAUCAGCCGGAUAAGCAGAUCAAGAUGAGUAUUUAUUGGCUGGUUUUCCAGUUUGUCUUGUUAGGAGGAUUAGAAGCUUUUUUGGAGAAUAGUGUGAGUGUAUACUACAGAGAUCAGUCGCCUGAAUCAGUCGCAGUCGCAAACUACCUGGUGAACUUCAUUCGAGGGGUGACCGGUUUGGGAUACAUGUGCAGUGCGCUUUCCGUGUAUGUUGUGGGGAAGAUAAGCGAGAAGGGAGGGAGGACAAACUGGUUUCAGCAUACCUUGAACCGGAGUCGACUGGACAACUACUACUGGGUGCUGGCGGGUUUGAGUUCGGUGAAUAUGGUCGUGUUUGUGUUUGUGGCGUCGUUCUAUAGGUACAAGAAGCCGGAAGAAUGUAGGAGAACGCCUGACGCAGGUGGUGGUUACACGGAUCCAUAUAACGAAGGCGAUCAGAAUAGAACAUGUUGUUGCUUCUGUUGAGAUCAGUAUGAAAAACUUCUUCCAUAUUGUGUAUCUUUUGCAAUGUAUCAUUUCCUGGCCACAUUGCUCAUGUUGCAUUUGCACUAGCUUAAGUAUCACUUUCUUAAUUUCUUCUA